CUUCCCGGCUGAAGGGCACAAACCAGGCAUGGGGCCCGUGGAGGAACCCAACAGCACCCUCAUCAUGGAGCAGCUCGUCCUGGAGGAGCAGCUCAUCCUGGACCAGUCCAACAGCCUGGUCACUCCUAGCCCGGGUCUCUAUGGGUCCGGCAACGUCAUGAUGGACAGCACCAAGAUCGUGGGAGUCCAGGUGAUCCUGAUUGCAGCCUACUCUUUGAUCAUCCUGCUGGGGUUCAUUGGCAACUCCUUAGUAAUCUACACCAUCGUGAAAUACAAAACCAUGAGGACCGUGACCAACUUCUUCAUAGCCAACUUGGCCCUGGCCGACCUCAUGGUGGACACCCUCUGCCUGCCUUUCACCCUGGUUUACACCCUGUUGGAUGAGUGGAAGUUCGGGGCAAUUCUUUGUCACUUAGUCCCUUACGCUCAAGCACUGAGUGUCCACGUGUCCACUCUCACCUUGACCGUGAUUGCUCUGGACAGGUACAGAUGCAUUGUUUUCCACCUGGACAGCCGCAUCUCCAAGAAGCUCAGUUUCACGAUCAUAGCCAUCAUGUGGCUUGCGGCUGCCAUCUUGGCUGGCCCGCUGGCCAUCUUCAGAGAGUACCGGUAUGAGGAAAUCCCAUCCAUCAACCUCAAAAUAGCCGUCUGCUCUGAAAAGUGGCCUUCUGGGAAUAACAGAGACGCUACCAUUUACAGCCUUUCCAUGCUCCUCCUGCAGUACGUCCUCCCACUCAGCAUCAUCUGCUAUGCCUACAUCAGGAUAUGGUUCAAGCUGAAAAGCCAUAUCAGCCCCACCUCCAGGAGCGAAAGCCAGUGCCGGAGGAAGAAGACCACCAAAAUGCUCGUCGUGGUGGUUGUGGUGUUUGCGGUCUGCUGGCUUCCCUUCCACGUAUUCCAGCUUGCCAUUGACCUGGAUUUGGUUCUCAUCUUCCAUGAGUACAAGCUCCUGUACACCAUUUUCCACGUGGUGGCCAUGUGCUCCACCUUCGUCAACCCCCUGCUCUACGGCUGGAUGAACAAGAACUACCGGAAUGGGUUCCUCCUGUUCUUCAGCUGCCAGAACAAGCCCGAGACCUUCUACACGGACGGUUCGCUCCGAGGACGGUCUUUCACUUUUAGGGUGACCACAGUCAACGGGAGCCUCAAGAACUCUGCAGGCAAUGCGAAGCUGCCGACAGAGGUGUAGAGGUGAGACACCCCCUGUUCACAGGGGCAGAGGCCGAGUGGAGCAGAUGCCUUUUGCCGGGAAAGCCCCAAACUGGAGCAACUGGAAGCGCCGAAUGUAUCUAUCGAAACCGUAAGCCUGGAGGACUGUCUGUUCUGCCUAAUGAAAGUGCUCGGUGGUCCCGCCUCUGAGUUCGCGGCGUCAGAAGCUUACUUGUACAUAAGUCCAGAAAGCGAGUUGAGCGAAGGAUGCUCCCGGUGACCGGGUGAGGCUAUUCACUGUCACCCUGGGCUGCGAGAAGGCUCCCAUUCAGUGGCCUGGAUUAUUUACCGGGGUUCACAGAAAUAAGAUCCAGAGCCAGUGUGGGAUCAGUGGAGAUCGGUGCACUUUAAAUGGGUUGUAUAUUCCUUUCUCUGGUGUAUAAAGCUCUUCUUUCUCUCUCUUACCCGAGAGCCUUAUGCAUUCAUCCCUAGCCUGUGACUCCCUGGAGAGAACCAUGCUUUGUCCUAGACGCUGACGUAGACGUCAGUCUACGACGCUUGCCUGGACUGCCUGGUCUAGGCCAGGAUGUGGUGAGAAGUUGUGUUGUGGGAGCCAGGGCAGCAGCGGUGACGAUGUGACAGGGAACAGGGGACGGUUGUCUGAUUACCAGCAAAGGUAGGAAGUGGAAGGCAGGUUUGCUGGUGGAGGACGACAGUGUCCCGGUGGAUCAGGGUGGUGGGCAGUGCUGUUUUCAUACCUCUGGGGCUUGUACGCCACCGUCAAGAGUCACUGGUGACUGGAAGAAGUGUGAGAAUGACCAGGCCCCUGCUUAUUAUCCUCAUUUCUGAUGUGCGGUAAGAACGAGUACUUACAGCACAGUAUAGCUAGGGUCAGAUUUUGAAAUAGCUGCUAUAUUAAUGCUUUUUCUCGGAAGACAGAAAUAACCUUUUAACGCACCCACCCCCCUGACAGUGUCCCCUGUACUUAUCUUAGAUGAAGUCACGUAGAAAGAGAUGUAUUCUUUGAAACCAACCGGUACGUUCUCAUCUUUUAGGCUGCGUCAGCUGGAGAAGCGUAUUUUUAGCUUUGCCAUCAAAGGAGUCUUGAUUGCCACAGUGCUCUUAACAGCUCAUCAUUUGUGUCAUUUGAAGCCAGUGUUCAUCAGAGUGGAAAGUAACUCUCUAGAACCCGGGAGAAGGGCCUCGACAUACCUCCUAAUUAAGCAAAAAUGAAAUCCCAUUUGUAAGUUUUUAGGAGAGCAAGGGAAAAAGGAGCGAGAAGGAUGAAAGACUUCAGGAACACAGGAUUUGCCAUACUGGAUCAGACUAUGGGUCCAUUAAGACUGGAGCCCUGGGAAGCCUGGGGUAAAAAACUGCUGAAUGAUUGAUUUGGGGGGUCUGUUUUCCUGCACCGUCUCUGACUUGACCUGGCUCCGGCCAUGCUGGC